UAGAUGGCGCUGUCAUCAAAAAGUAAAAUUUUCAUUAGGAGCGAACUUCGCGUCGAACUUAUUGAUUUUCCUCUCCCUACUGACUUCGCAUUCUUCUUUCAUUUCCUCGCAAGCUCUCCGGUAUAACUUUACACUAAAUAUCUUAGUAAAUGUAGUUAAACGUAAUUCUAAACAUUUUCUUAGCUAUGAUUUGACGAAUGAAGUGUCCUUUUAUUUAGUGUUUUUUUGUUAGUGGGGAUUUUAUUAUGUUAGUGAUGGGAGAUUUGGGAGCAGUGGUGAUGGUGGCCAGAUAAAGGGAUAUGCCGAAACGCAUCCCGUUCCACGUCGUGUACGCAACAAGCGAGGACAGCUCGUACCCAGCAUGCGAGCUGAACUCGCAGGGCCCGGCGGCGCGCGGGUGGCGCUCCGCCGGCGGCCCGCCGCACGAGCUGCUGCUGCGGCUCACCAGCGUCGCCAGCGUGCACAAGCUCCAGCUCCUGGCCCACCACCAGCUAAUCCCAUCAAGCGUGGAGGUCCUCGUAUCUGGCGGCCUGGUGUCCGAGGGCGCCGCUACGCCCUGUGGAGCCACCUACACCAGCGUGGGCCGCGUCACCCUCGCCAGGCCCGCGCUGGAGGCCAGGACCAGGGAGCUCAGGUCGGCCGCUCUUCCUGAACCUACCAUCGCUCGAUUCGUGAAGCUGAAACUAUCUGGCCCGCAUCCACCAGCAAACGAUAACGACCAGGUAGCACUAAUGGCAGUGAAUGUGCUGGGCGAGGAGGUGGAGGACCUGGAGAAGUCGCCCGUGUCCAACAAGGAGCUGUGCUACUCGCCCUACGACGACCUGGCCUUUGUCAUGUACGUCGACACCGAGAUCGCAGACCUGGUCAGGAGCUUGGAUGAGAAGAAACGGGCUGCAGUGUGUGAAGAGCGAUUUGAGUACGCUCGGCGCCUGAAGUCAGCAGGGGCAGCGCUGGCGGCGGCGGGCAUCAGGAUCGGGCGGUGGCGGCUGCGCAAGCGCACGGCGGCGGCGCGCGACGACUUCGAGCUGGCGCGCCGCAUGCGGGACCGCAUCGCGGACGCGCUCGCCGGGAUCAAGGACGAUCCGGCGCUCUUGAGGCUGUUUGAGGAGGAAGGGCCGGACAGCCGCAACGACUCAUCAAUGGCGCAAGAGUACGAUUUCUCCCACCACCUGUCUCCGUCCGUGGCCGCCGGCGCGCUGAGCCUCGACAUCCCGUCGCCCGUGCCGCCCAUCGACGAGCCUGACUGCCAGGAACAACAGGAUCAAGAAGAAGAUGUGCCUCACUCCCCAAUUCAAAAAUUGCACGAAGAAGCUCAACCAGAACCCCAGCUCUUCCAAAUUGAACAACCAACGCAGCAACAAUACCAGCAACCAUUACUACAAACUACCCAACAUGAGAAAAUGAAAGAAGAAGCACAAAGAAGAGAUGACUUUGAACAGAAAGAAGAAAUGCAAAGAAUGGAAGAGCUUCAGAGACGAGAAGAGGUACAGAGGAGAGAAGAAGUCCAGAGGAGAGAAGAAGCCAUAAGGAGAGAAGAUUUUCAGAGGAGGGAAGAGACCCAGAGGAGAGAAGAGACUCAGAGGAGAGAAGAGAUCCAGAGGAGAGAAGAGACUCAGAGGAGAGAUGAGGUCCUAAGGAGAGAAGAGAUCCAGAGGAGGGAAGAAGAAGAGUUGAGGAAAGAGACGGAUAGUCCUAGAAGGAGCAUCACGCCUAACGCUGCCAAUGGGACUUUGGUCCGACGGAGGAAUAAAAGCGCGGGGCCUAGAUCUACCUUUGAAGCGUAUGAAGAAAGACUGCUUCCCGCAUUGAGACAUUCUCACACGAACGAGUACCUUCGGGAGGCGCGCGAGGAGGAGUGUAGCGGCGGAGGCAGCGCCUCCUCCCACCCCCGGCCACCUCACAAGCUCAACGAGCGGGAACGCAAGCAGGCUGCCCUGCCCAUACUCAUCUUCGGUUAUCCUAUUGUGGAAAAAUUCUACUCCAAAAACUACCUGGAUAAGGAGGAAGGCCUGGCAAGAUUGCGCGCCGAGCUGACAUCUCCAUCCAACGGCAGCACAAAGACCUCACCCAACAAGACGGCGCGAGCGGCGGCUCUGCUGCUGCAGCGCGCCCUCAGGGACAAGGUGUUCUCCGUGUACAGCCAAGCCAACGAGGUGCUCAAGACGCUGUUCCAGGAAUUCGUGCCGGGCAGGGUGUGCGCCGCUGAAGUGGGCCGAUGUCUGGAGAAGCUGCUGCCAGAAUUACUCCGAGCUUGCGGGGACCCGGCGCCCAGGGUCCACUCCACCGCGCAGCACACCGUGCUCACCGUCGCUGACUGCCCGCAAGUCCGGGCGCUGCACAUAAUCCCCCAACAGCUGGUGCGCGCGGUGCCCGCCUCCAUGCACCCUCGCCUGGCGCUCUCCCGCUUGCAGAUGCUCGAGCAACUCAUACUCAGCCACGGCAUCUCUACUGAUAAGAACAGCGGUCUGACGGUCCGGCGACUAGCCGAGUGCGGCGCGGCGGGCGCGCAGCACGCGGCCGGCUCCGUGCGCGCCGCGGCGGAGCGCAUCCUGCUCGCCGCCUACGCGCGCUCGCCAAGAGUAGUCAGGGCUCAGCUGCCGCCCGACGAUGCUGUCACGCGCCGAAACCUUAUCUAUCGACAUUUGUUCCAGCAGUUCGACAGGAUUGACAUGCAGAAAAUUUUAAACCAAGCGCCUUCAGAAGAACAGCUCCUGAAUGGCGACCAAUCAGCAUCUCACUCAGCCGCAGAAACGGCGAGCGUCGCCCAAUCCACGCGCAGCGGCACCACCAGCGGCAUGACCUCGUCGUUCGGGAUGACGUCAUCCAUCGGGGCCACCUCCUCCUACAGCCUCAAGUCUAUGACCUCCAGCAUCAGUGGAGCUACACUAGCACCAUCCAGCUUAAGUGGAAGUUAUACAACCUCCAAGUCGAAAAGCAGUCUUAAAAAAUCUCCUACGAAGAGGUAUACUCCGAGCAGGGCUGUUAAGGAUUUCGCAAACUAUCCUUGUUAUAAUAAACUGAGGUUGGACAGUGCUGUGAGUCCGAAACAUUCUCCGAGAUCCAGUGCUGCUGAGAAGGUUCAUUUCCAGGACAAGGAAGAGGAACCACCAGUAGUGUACCGGCGCACAAACCGCAACGCAGAAAACCGCCACUCCAUGAUCCACUACGACCACGACAACUCCAAGCCACAGCUCAAAGAACGACCCAUCACCGUGUACGAACCUCUACACUUGGAAUACAGAGACUCUCCGUCUUUAGGUUCACCUAAAACAUCCAGAAUGGACGUUCGAAGUAUGGACUCUCUGCCUAUGGAUUCACCACAAAUGUCCAGAAUAGAUUUGAGAUGUGACUCUGAUAGCAGAAGCUUGGAUUCUCCUAAAGUGAAGGCGGAGUAUUACAGGGAGGCGGUGCUGGAAUCUCCUAAGCUGGUGGCUGGGUUAAGGAACUUACAACUGGAUGACAGUCAGAUGGAUGAGAGCGGUUACUACAGCCCUGGGCGGCGGCAGCAGGCCGUGAGCGAGACGCACUUCGAGUCGUACGAGCGCGGCGCGGGAGACGUGAGCAGCGACACCACGCCCGAGCCCGUCUGCAAUACGACCUGCACAUGGUGCGGGCGACGCGUGCGCGCUGACGGGCUGGAAGCGCACUACUGGAGGCGCUGCGUGCUGCUGGCGCGCUGCCCCAGCUGCCGCGUGGCCUUGGAGGCGCGGGUGCUGCACCUGCACUUGCUGGAAGAGUGCUCAAUGGGCGAGGGUUCGUGGAAGGCGUGCGCGAAAUGCGGUGCUGCGCUAGCAGUGGGCGAUCCAGAAUACCACAACUGUAUACCAUUAGGCAUGGACGAGUGGAAGUGUCCGUACUGCCUGACCAACGUGCUGGCGCGCGACCUGCCCUGGCAGCGCCAUCUCAUGCAGUGCCCUAGAAACCCACGGCUCAGCAAAACCUCGUAACGUAAAUAGAUCUAAUCUGAGAUUGUUUUAUUUUCAGAUAAGUCAAUUUUCAUAAUAAUAAUGUAUAGAAGGCCUUAUUGAGAGUAACGCGCACAUUCAAAGUGCGUAUGGUAGAGGCAAAUAAAGCCUAUGAUUGGAUAUAUUACAUCUUUGUAUGAAUGUAAGGCUGUCCAUUGACUGUCCAUUGUUUUUCACAAAGUUUGGAAUAAAUACUCAUUUAGAAUUUAACAAGAUCUCAGUAGAUAUUAGAUAGUUAUAACUAAUUUAAUUAGAUAAUUUCUCUUAAAAUCAUGAAAUGAUAUGCGACUAGUUGACCGGCCAAAUUUGAACUUUAACUUCUAAUACGUAAAGUCCAUUUUGAAAUGAUUAAAAUAUGAAUUUUAAAGGUAUAGGUAAUAGAUGACAAGUUACAACA